GCAAUAUUGAGGAGCAAGUUUACGGUGUGCUGGCUGACGCUAUUCUUUCCGAGGACAACACCGCCUGGCAAGAUGGGCAAACCACGAGGAAUCCGCACAGCCCGUAAGCAUGUGAACCACCGGCGGGAGCAGCGGUGGCACGACAAGGACUACAAAAAGGCUCACUUGGGGACCCGCUGGAAGGCUAACCCGUUCGGAGGAGCCUCUCACGCUAAGGGAAUCGUCCUUGAGAAAAUUGGCAUUGAGGCCAAGCAGCCCAACUCUGCCAUCAGGAAGUGCGUGCGUGUCCAGCUCAUCAAGAACGGCAAGAAGAUCUCCGCCUUCGUGCCCCGUGACGGUUGCCUCAACUAUAUCGAGGAGAACGACGAGGUGCUAGUGGCAGGUUUUGGCCGAAAGGGUCAUGCCGUGGGUGACAUUCCCGGUAUCAGGUUCAAGGUCGUCAAGGUAGCCAACGUGUCCCUUCUUGCCCUCUACAAGGAAAAGAAGGAGAGGCCUCGUUCUUAAGUAUGAGAUCUUAAAAUAAAAAUAAAAAAAUUUAAA